CCUGUUCCUUGCGUGGGGAGUCUCCGGGAUCUCUCUCUGUCACCUCACAGUAGUCGUUGCUGGUCGCGGGCGCGGGGGCGCGAGUAGCGCAGGGCCGCUUCUCCCCCGCCCUCAGGCCGGGCCCGGGCUCGGUCUCCCGCACCCUCCUCUCCCCACCCCGGUCGGGUACCGGAAGGUCCAAGUCGCUACUGGGUGCCCGAGGGCCAUCGUGGCCGCCGCCACGGGUCCUGAUGGAGCCGCCGAAUCUCUAUCCGGUGAAGCUCUACGUGUACGACCUAUCCAAGGGCUUGGCCCGGCGGCUCAGCCCCAUCAUGCUGGGGAAACAACUGGAAGGCAUCUGGCACACCUCCAUAGUUGUCCACAAGGAUGAGUUCUUCUUCGGCAGUGGCGGUAUUUCCAGCUGUUCCCCGGGAGGGACAUUGCUUGGGCCCCCAGACACUGUGGUUGAUGUGGGGAACACAGAAGUCACAGAAGAAAUCUUUCUGGAAUACCUGUCCUCCCUGGGGGAGUCUCUUUUCCGAGGAGAAGCCUACAACUUGUUUGAACACAACUGUAACACCUUUAGCAACGAAGUGGCGCAGUUCCUGACAGGGCGGAAGAUCCCUUCUUACAUCACAGACCUGCCCUCUGAAGUUCUCUCCACGCCCUUUGGACAAGCGCUUCGGCCCUUCCUGGACUCCAUCCAGAUCCAGCCUCCCGGAGGGAACUCUGUGGGCAGACCCAAUGGCCAAAGCUAACAGGACUGCACGGGACCGCCCGCCUCUCCAGGGCUUUUCCUUUUUAAACAAAACAAACCCUACCAGAUUUCUAUUUUAUAAUUUUACAUCAGAGCUAACGGGGACGGCUUUUUAAAUUUCCCAGGGAAGGAGCUUGUAAGGCUGCACGUAGGACAACGCUCCUGAGAAACAGAACCAAUGCCAUCCCUUCUAAUAGUAUUAUACUAAUUUAUUAAGGCUGUCUUGUCUGUGAGUUCACUUUUGACGCUGUUGCCUAAGCGUCCUCUACACUGGAGAAAGAGGGGUACUUGUUUAAACAGAAAGCAAGAGUCACACAAUCUGGGAGAACCCCGUCCUGGACCCUUUCCAAGGGAUACCCAUAUUCCACCCACACCUUUGGGCCCUAGAUGAGGUUUUUUGGUUUUUGCUUUUUGGGUUUCUUUGUUUUUUGUUUUUUUUUUUUGGUGGGGGAGGGGUUCAAGACAGGGUUUAUCUGUGUAGCCCUGACUGUCCUGGAACUCACUCUGUAGACCAGGCUGCUCCCAAGUCACAGAGAACCACCUGCCUCUGCCUCCUGAGGGCUGGGAUUAAAGGUGUGCUCCACCACCACCUGGCCUGGGUGAGCUUUUCUACUGUCUAUAACCCUGGAGCAGCCGCCCUCUAGCCGCAAAUGAACCAGAGGGUCGGGUGCACACGGGGCCAGCUGUAGGCUGACCAACUCGACCUAAAUGAACUCUUUAGCUACAAGUUUGCUCCCUUUUCCCCAAACAAGGCCACAGGCUGGAGCUGGAACAGCCAUAGCCUCAGGAUCAAAGGACAGUGGCAGCGAGGAUCAGGGCAGAGAAGACAGGGUAAAGCCAUUCCUCCUCCUCCUCCUAGUGCCAGUCCUCUCUGCCUGCCCCUAAACUGCUCUUCCUCAGCAAUAACUUGACCUGUCCCUCUUAAUGAAGGUCUAGGCUGCAGUGACAGAGACCUGGGCCUUCUCUCUGCAAAUAAUAGCAUCAGUUUAUUUAUAGUCAAUAGAACUAGCCACCGAAAUGGUAUGAAUUUGUCAGCUAGGGGACAGGAUCGUUCCCUCUAAGAACUGGUCUCUGAUAUAGAGUACCAUAAUGGUUCAAAUUCAAAGGUGGCAAGAAAAUUUAAGAGUUGUCUCCGAUAGGGACUUCCACGUUAUCCUUAAAGUAUCAUGAACAGACAUUAUCUCCAUUGUCAUUCUGACCUUAAGAGGUGUGAUUGGGGUAAGUGGGCCAUUUCCUAGUGAUGUGCUCCUAGGAUUCAUCAGCAGGAAUUGUCUAGAAGUCUGUGAUCUGGACUCUAGGAGGAACCUAAUGUUCCCUUUCUUGGUGUCAGCCUCCUAGCUAAUUUGGGAACUGACAGGAUAUGGAAGGGGAUGCAGAGCAGGCACCUGAGACUCUGUUCCACAUCCAUGGGAGCCUCUGGUAUGGUUUCCUACCACUUCUGAAACUUGAGCUCCAUUGCUCCUUCCUCCUGAGAAGCUGCUGCUGCUACUGGCUUGGACCUGCCCAUACCCUGCUGACCUUGCCAGUAGCCAUAUGAGUUGGCUUCAUCAGGAUGUCUGCCUCAGCGCUGACCUGUUGCCUGACCAGGGUCAAGUCCAGCUGGGAAGGCAGGUGGUGAUUUGGAACUUGAAGGUUGGAGUCAGAUAGGUUUCACUCAAGACUCAAUGGUUUGCAAGUGCACAGUGCAAUAACAAAUUAGAGUGGAAACCAACAGGGAUUGUUUACUGUGGGUCUGUUGACAGAAUGGGGCCCAGAAGGAUGAGUGUUCAAAGCUUGGCUUCUGGGUGGGUAGAGGUUGCUGGGAGCCAUCACUUUUUCAUUUGCCUGGCCCCAGCAGCUAGCAUCUCUACCCAGAGCGCUCGCCUCUCUCCUGCCAGGUGCUGGACUGAUUUUCCCACACGACCAGAUUCAUCUGGUUUUCCUCCUUGCGCAGUGACUCACAGGCCAUGGUAUUCUGAGAGUUUGCCUUAGAAUCUUAGUCAUUUGCUUGCUUGAAUCAGCAGCCGUCUUGUGCUAAUGCCUGUGCCUGUGGCUUGCAGGGAGAAAGGACUGAGUUUCUCAGAACCCGCAGGGAGGCAAGCUCUUCCCUCCCCUAUGCAAAUCCAUUGUCACCUGAGUCCCAGGCCAGGAGCCCCGCGUCCCAGCUUCACACAUCUCUGUUCCAGUAUCUCAGGAGCAUACUAUUAAUGACCAGCUGACUCCACCUGGGCGUGUACAAGUGCGCUGAAGGAGUCCUGUUGUUGAUGUCACAUGACACACCCCUGUGGAGGUCCAGUGGUCAGGGGACGAGGGAAGUGGAGCAUAAGACCAUUGUUCUCUCUUAGACGAAAUGGAAGUGUGUUCUUUAGAGAUUCCUUCAUGACUUCCUUGGACUCAAACUAUGUCUAAUACAGAGGUGUUUGGUGGCUUUUCUAAUGCAAUAAACUCACUCGUGCUGCUG